GAUGCCUGUGAUGAGGGGGAAGGUCCUGCUCCUCCUGGGCUUCCUCCUCCUGGCCGCCGUGCUGGCGGCGGUGCGGGGGCUGCCCCUCGGCAGGCAGCGCGGCGGCAGCCCGAGGGAGCGGAGCGCCAAGCUGGCGGAGGUCUCUGCUUCGUCCGACCCCCGCUCGGCAGGGGAUGAUGAGCUGCCACCACCGGGGAAGGCGCGGGGGCUGAGGCGGAGUGGGCAGGCUGGCCUGCGGCGGCACAGGCGCCGGGGGGUGGCUCAGCAGGCUGCCAGGAGCCCGGCGAUGCCCCAGCCCGGCAGCGCUGGCCGGGAGGAGAGCCUGCCCUUCGUGCUGGACCUGCAGAGCUUGCCAGGGCUGGCCAACGUGGACCUGAGCGCCCAGAACCCCAACAUCCAGGUGACCAUCGAAGUGGUAGAUGAUCCUCAGGCUGAGAUGGAGAUGGACUUGUUGAAGGAGACAAGCAAUGACUGGUCCUUGACGUCCUCUGAAUGGCUGUCCCACAAAGACCUCUUCUGGCCCCUCUUCUGGGAAUACACCGACCCUGCUGAGGAAGAGGAGGAGGAAGAGGAGGAGGAGGAGGAAGAGGAGGAGGAGGAAGAGGAGGAAGAGGAUGACAACCUGGAUGUAGGGGACAGGGAGGAGGAGGAAGAGGACAAUGAGGAAGAUUACACAGCAGAGUAUGAGGAGGAGUCCAUGCUCAGUGGAGUGGGAGGUGACUGGGACCAGCGGUGGCCUGGGCAGAAGAACUGGAUCUUUAAGGAAAAAUAUAAUUAUGACUAUGAAGACGAGGAGGAGUGGAGCCCAUGGUCCCCCUGCAGCAUCACCUGUGGCAGUGGCAACCAGAAGAGGACCCGAUCCUGUGGCUAUGCCUGCACAGCAACGGAGUCGAGGACCUGCGACCUGCCGCGCUGUCCUGGAGCAGAGGGGGAAAUGGUCUUGCCCACAGAGGAGAUGCCUUUCAAAAACGACAACACCACAGAGCUGUUCAACUCAGAGGUGGACAGCUGCGAGAAGUGGCUGAACUGCAAGAGCGACUUCCUCACCAAGUACCUCAGCAAGGUGCUGACAGACCUGCCCAGCUGUCCCUGCUCCUACCCUCUGGAAGCUGUCUACAGUGCUGUCAACCUGCGCGAUGAGCAGCAAGGCAAGAGCUUCCGAUGGCGGGACGCCAGUGGCCCCAAGGAGCGCCUGGACAUCUACAAGCCAACAGCACGCUUCUGCCUGCGCUCCAUGCUCUCCCUCGACAGCACCACCCUGGCUGCCCAGCACUGCUGCUAUGACGAGCACACUCGCCUCAUCACCCGCGGCAAGGGGGCUGGUGUCCCCAACCUCAUCAGCACCGAGUUCUCCCCGGAGCUGCACUACAAGGUGGACAUGCUGCCCUGGAUCCUCUGCAAGGGUGACUGGAGCCGCUACCACGCCGUCCGGCCCCCCAACAACGGGCAACGGUGUGCUGACAACCCCACCGAGGAGGAGUAUCUCUCCCAGCUGCAGGAGGCCAAGGAGUACUAGCCACAGCCACGCUCAGAGGAGCCGUGGCCACUGCCGGCUCCCACCCCAGCCCAGCCUGGCAAAGCCCUGGCCCUGCUCUUGGGCUCCUUGCUGGCACCGAGCAUGCGGCGAGGAUGUGCCGUCUGUCUCGUCUCCUCAGUGGGACGCCUUGGCCCCCCCUUGGAUUCCUGAGGGUGCCAGAGGUUAUUGUGGCUGAUCCCUGCUGUGCCACCUGGGGUGGUCCUGCACCCCAGGGCGCCUGGGCUGGCACGCGGGGAGCCACAGGGGAUGGGAGGCGUGAAGGGAACGCGGGGCUGCUCCCGUCUGCUUUUGUUCUCUAUGGUCUUUCAAUGCAACCUGAAAGCUGAGCGUCUGCAGGGUGAGGUGGGUCUGCAGCGUGAGGAGGCCUCAGCUCCUGCUGGCUUCACGCUGCGUCUGAGGAGCUGGCCUGCUGCAGGCAGAGCUGCCUGCUCUUGCCUGGACACCUGCUGGCCCACUUCUGAACCUGGUGGUGGGUUCCUCCUAGGGAGGGGGAGGGCUGUCCCAGCCGUGCACAUGGAGCGGGGACCCUUCCUUGGGUUCUUCCAUGCGCAGUUGGGAAGGAGCAGGGAGAGGCUUAGCAGGGUUUCAUGGGCCCGGGGGGUACAUGGGGCAGGAGGGAACUGGCCACCUGGGCUCCCUUGCCACCCUGGGUUUGGCUGCAAAAGGAAACACGGGGUGUCAAAGCCAGACGUGAGUGGAGGUCAGCAUGGGGGACACGCCAGCUGUAUGCAUUUCAGCCCCGCUGCCUCAGUGCCUGGGGGAGUGGGGUGGCAGCACCCAUGCAAGUCCCACUGCCAGCCCACCUCCACACCUCAGCUCCCUGGCAGCCCCUGACACAUUUUAGUGCUCGGGAGCACCCGUGAUAUGACCCAGCAGAAAGUCCUGAGUUUCUCACCCACAGCCCUGCCGGGCAGGAGGCAGCUCAGCCACCACUCAUGCCAUGGAGAGGAGCAAAAAGCACUGAGCUGAGUUCUCCACGGGGGUGGGAACAAGUCAGGCACUGCUGGGAGCACCCAACAUUGCCACUCUGGUCUGCUGCUGCUGGCCUGGGGCUCUGCUCCAUGCUGUGUCUGCCCAGGUCCCCAGCGAGGGGCAGCCCGGAGAAAGCAAGUUGUGGGUGCACCCUGCGCUCCCCAGGCUCCCUGCCUGGCCGGGCAAGCCAGUGCGGCUCCGAAGGGGGAAGACACACAUGUGCGAAUGUCAAUAACUGGUGUCUGCAGGUCAUGGAUCACGAUGCUCCCUGUUGGCACUUUGGUAUUGCCUGGGUUUUAUUCAGCGUCAGGUUCAUGGCAGUUUCUCCCAACAUAUUUUGGGAGCUCCCAAGUUUCCUGCAGAGAAACCAGGCUGAGCAACUUUAUCACUGGACAUUCAGUUGCUGAGCCUGGCAGAAACUUCUAACCUUUAUUUAGCAAAGUUUACGCAUCAGAGGAAAUAAAUGAGCAAGUGAAGCACAUGUAAAGAAGAAUGGAGUGAUUUCUAGACUAGAGGUUUCACCCAAGGCUUUUGGCUACUCUGUUUUUCUGCAGGACACUGUUGGACAAAACCCCACCUGUCUGGGUGCAGAGGUCCUUGGUUGGCUGUCCUGUGCUAGGUCUGUCCUUGCAGGAGCUUUCUCUAGGGCCAGUGAAUAUCCAUAGUCUGAUAGCUCUUUGGGGAGUCUUUCUGGGAGAGUCUUAUAUCUAUUGAGUGUAUGUUGAUCAUUUUGCCUUGGUUACUGAUAGAAUGUUACAUCCUUGGUCAUUCAGUACUUCAUGGCUGGCAAAACAAAAGUAUUAAUGAAGUUACCAGUGAAUUAUUCUUAUUUAACUGUUAUUCCACACUCAUAUCCCCAGACUUCAGUUACGGGUGCUAUCAAAACAUAGGCAAACACGAUCCAUUUCCCAACAGGCGGGCAGUCUGAGAUGACCAGUGUUAUGCAAAGGGUGAGAAGGACAACGCAACCAAAUAAGCAUUGAUGGAGACCCAGGCUCUGGUAAAUUUCUGGUAAAUUUUCAUGACCAUUACAUGUUCCCUAGCCCAAAUGGUCAUCUGCUCACUAGUUUCUGGUAAAGAGGUAGGUCAUCAAGAGGUGGUUGAGAGGGGGGUGCAGUAAUCUGGUGGCUUGGUUCUGGGGGCCUGGGAUGUGUGUGGGGAGGCUCAGCAACAGGCAUGGAGGUGUUUGUGUGGGAAGCCAGUUGAGUGGCCGAGGCCAUGGUAGGAUGAGCUUGUUACCUUCUGCCAUUUAGCAGAGCAUCUUCCCAUUUUGUCUCCCUUAUCCUGUCAUCAUUAACAUCAGCAGACUCUCAGAGGAGCUUAUUUACCAAUAGCGCAGAAACUUCUUUAAAACAACCUCCCGUUAAAUGUGCCUAGUGUCCAGCAUUGGACGCACAUGUGGAAGCAGGAUGUCUGCAAACAGCCUUUCUUGGGGGAGACUUUCCAUAGCUCAGCCAAUUUGUUUGUUAGACUGGCUGCUCUCUGAUCAAGUGCUCUUAUAGUGAGGACUGCUAUUCAGGAUUUGCAUCCUCCUCCUCUUUAUACUGGGUGUGUCAACCAGUCUAACCCCCAAAAAAGAAACUAUAAUUUUUGUAGUAAAUGGAAUUCUUGUCCAAGGGCGAGUAGAAAAAAUUCUUGCAUUGAGCUCCCCCUGCCCCCAAAAGCUGGCUGAAAGCUGGGAGGCUGUUCUGCCUCGCUGCCUCUGUGGUUUGGAUGAUACAGGCAUGAACUGGAGCAUGAGAAAUGAGAAGCAGCCUUGUUCCUCACACAAGCACCUUAGACACCAGGAGGCUUUGCGGGGCACCAUGAGAAAAGUAGACAUUAAGCAAGCACAAAAUUUUACUGGCUUCUAUAUCCCAUCAAAGGUUCUGUCCAGCCCACUGCUAUUUAAGUGAUGAAUCUCAUAAGCUUCCACUCCUGAAGUUUAUUUUGGUUUUAUAUAUAAUAUAUGUCUUUUAUUCCGACAAAAUUUGAUAGAGAAGAAUUCUUUAUUCUGAUACUGCAAUAAAGCACUUUAUAUAUGUA